UGACAUUGACCGAGCUACUCCAAGACGGAGGACGGCUUGCCGACCGCAAGUGUCGUUCCUCUGCUCACUCUCACUGCUGGACAGUGAACAUCAAAGAAUAGCAAGGCCCCGAGACCAACAUGGAUCCCUCAAUCCUCCCCCGAGACGACUCCUCCGGCCGCCCACCCACCUACAAAGCAAUCGGCAUCUCCCUCGCCAUCGCAUCAGGCCUCUUCAUCGGCGUUUCCUUCGUGAUCAAGAAAAUCGGACUUCUAAAAGCGAACGCGAAAUACAACGAAGAAGCAGGCGAGGGAUAUGGCUAUCUACGCAAUUUCUGGUGGUGGACUGGGAUGACGUUGAUGAUUGUUGGGGAGAUAUGCAAUUUUGUUGCGUAUGCGUUUGUUGACGCUAUACUUGUUACGCCGUUGGGUGCGCUUGCGGUUGUGGUGACUACGAUAUUGUCUGCGAUAUUCUUGAAGGAGAGGUUGAGUUUUGUUGGGAAGGUGGGUUGUUUCUCGUGUAUUGUGGGUUCGGUGGUGAUUGCGAUGAAUGCGCCGGAGCAGUCGUCUGUUAGUGAUAUUCAGGAUAUGAAGAAAUAUGUGAUCACGCCUGGGUUUCUGUCCUAUGCGGGUGUGAUUGUCCUUGGCUGUGCAUUUACAGCAUUCUGGGCUGGUCCACGGUGGGGGAAGAAGAAUAUGUUUGUGUAUAUCAGCAUUUGCAGUCUGAUCGGGGGGUUGAGUGUGGUUGCGACGCAGGGACUGGGGUCUGCGAUUCUGGCGCAGAUCAAUGGCAAGUCGCAGUUCAAGGAGUGGUUUUUAUAUGUGUUGCUGGUGUUUGUCAUUGCGACGUUGCUGACUGAAAUCAUCUACCUGAAUAAAGCAUUGAACAUCUUCAACGCCGCCCUUGUCACCCCGACUUACUACGUCUUUUUUACUACCUGCACAAUUGCUACCUCCGCCGUCCUUUUCCAGGGCUUCCAAGGCACCGGCAAAGAAAUUGCAACAGUCGUCAUGGGUUUUCUGCAGAUAUGCGCGGGUGUCGUCCUCCUGCAACUAUCGAAAUCGGCCAAGGACGUUCCAGACGCGGCUGUCUUCAAGGGCGAUCUCGAUCAGGUGCGUGAAGUAGCCACACAGGAGGAGAGUGAGACGGAGCCCAAGGCCGAUUCGAUUCGCGGCGCUGCUGCUAUUGUACGACAGUUGUCUAGUACAAGACGGAAAGGGGAGGAAGAGGAACUCAGGCGGUAUCUCAGAGAGAGAAAUGAAGAUCUCAAGCCUCUGGGAGAGAAUGAGACUGUUGAAUGGGAUGGCCUGAGACGGAGGAAAACUGUCCUGGGUGACGCGAGACAUUCCAGAAGAAGAACAGGGCCAAGACGCAGACAGACCUAACCGCAGCUUCAUCGACGGAAUCCGAUCACGAGCAUCCAGUCUUCUCCAUCCCCAAUGGCGUCCGAUCAACGAUAACAACGGAACAAUGCCACCAGAUACCACCGACUUCGCCUACACACGCAGUCCUACCCCACAAACAACACCAAAACCGGUGUACAGCGGCGGAAAACGCCAAUUCUCAUUCAACACCGUCCUAAACCGCCUCAAAUCCCGCCCCUCCAGCCCAGCACACGGCAUCCUCCGCUCAACACCAACCUCUGCCGAAAAAGAA